CCAGGUUUGGAUGAGAAGGCAAAUGGGCUUGGUCGGGGAGUGAGCGGCGGUGUUGCUUGGACUGGAGCGAGCGGCCGUUGCCCGGCGAGAGCCCCUCCGCUCCUCGCUCCCCGGCUCCCGUUCCCCGGCGCGGCCGCCGAUGAAGAUGGAGCCUUAGCAGCUGGGACCAUGUCGGAAGCGACUCGGAGCCUUCUGCUGCGCUGGGGCGCCAGCUUCAGAAAAGGGACCGACUUCGAUUCCUGGGGGCAGCUGGUGGAGGCGAUCGACGAGUAUCAGAUAUUAGCAAGACAUCUACAGAAAGAGGCAGUGUCUCAACCCAACAAUUCAGAAUUCACAGAAGAUCAAAAGAAAACGUUAGCUAAGAUUGCAACAUGCUUGGAACUCAGAAGUGCAGCUUUGCAGUCUACACAGUCCGAGGAAGAAUUUAAGCUGGAGGAUCUGAAGAAACUAGAACCAAUCUUAAAGAGUAUUCUUACCUAUAAUAAAGAAUUUCCCUUUGAUGUUCAGCCUGUUCCACCAAGAAAAAUAUUAGCACCUGGUGAAGAGGAAGAUUUAGAAUUUGAAGAAGAUGAAGAGGAAGGUGGAGCUGGAGCAGGAUCUCCAGAUGCAUUUCCUGCCAGAGUCCCAGGAGCCAAUGAAGGUACUUUAUUACCCAGAUUACCCUCUGAACCCGGGAUGACAUUACUAACUAUCAAAAUAGAAAAAAUUGGUCUUAAAGAUGCUGGGCAGUGCAUUGAUCCCUAUAUCACAGUUAGUGUGAAAGAACUGCCUUGUCUUGACUCCUUGCAAGAUUUAACAUGUGAAAACUCCUAUCUCAAUGGGAUAGAUCUUACACCUGUACAGGACACCCCUGUUGCUUCAAGGAAGGAGGACACUUACAUUCAUUUUAAUGUGGACAUUGAAAUUCAGAAACAUGUUGAAAAAUUAACAAAAGGUGCAGCUAUUUUCUUUGAAUUUAAACACUAUAAACCCAAGAAAAGGUUCACCAGCACAAAGUGCUUUGCCUUUAUGGAGAUGGAUGAAAUUAAAGCUGGACCAAUCGUUAUAGAACUGUACAAAAAACCCACUGAUUUCAAGAGGAAGAAACUUCAGUUGUUGACCAAGAAGCCAUUUUAUCUUCAUCUUCAUCAAACACUGCACAAAGAGUGACUUUUGUGAACUGAACCACUUGCCACAAAAUCAUAGUAGCUGCAUAUGUAGCACUUGUCUUUCAGGAGGAAGGAAGAAUUGGAUGCAUUUACCUUGUGGUCACAAAUGACCAUCAAUGCUGCACAGCAGUGGAUCAGCAACCAUGCUCUGCAUCCAAGCCCAGUUUCUUUGGAAUGUAUAUUUUUUAUCUCAGAUGUUCCAAAGUGUGUUGCAAGUUUUUCAUAAGUUGGCCGGUUAUUAAGUUCAGUUCUGUAACUUGAUUUCUACAGUUAUAUCAGAACCCUUAAUUAAAGCAGUUGAGGAAUUCUCACCUGCCAAACCUAAUACAGCAAUAAAGAUAUGCCAGUAUCAAAAAA